AUGUCGGCUAUUCCAUAUUUAAACUAUUCAUUCACAUCCACUUCUGAGCGUCCAUUCACAUCCUCAUCCAUAUAUCCAACCUCAUCCUCAUCCACAUCCUCAUCCACAUAUCCAUCCACAUUCACAUCCACAUCUGAACGUCCAUUCACAUCCCCAUAUCCACAUACCCAGCCUUUUCCUCAUCCAUAUCCACAUAUCCAUUCACAUCCACAUCCUCAUCCACAUAUUCACAUCCGCAUAUUCAUCCACAUCCUCAUCCACAUAUCCAUAUCCAUCCACCUCCUCAUCCACAUCUUCAUUCACAUCCACAUUCCAGUCCCCAUAUCGACAUCCUCAUCCUCAUCCUCAUCCAUCCAUAUCCACAUUCACAUCCACAUCAUAUCCACAUAUUCACAUCCGCAUAUUCAUUCACAUACCUGA